AAUUGAGGAGGCAUAAAAUCCGGCCUGGAGGAGUUUGUCAGCUGGCUUACAUUAGUGUAUCCAAUCACAGAAGCACUGAGUUUUCUGUGCAGCUGUCUCACACUCACUAACAAGAUGUACAGGUCCUGGAAUUUCCUCUCUCUCCUGAACCAACCUGAUCUGCUGAAGUCCCCUUCAGGAAGUGGCGUCAUUAACUUUUUGGUCAAGCCGUUGGACAUUGAGAUGGCCACCGCCGAUCUACUGAUCGUUGGAGCCAGGCGCCAGCGAAUGAUAGAGCUGUUCAAGAAGGAUCGCGCCUGGGAGGCAGCUGAGCUGUCCCGACUUGGCCUGAGCUGCAUCAAGGCCCCGGACUGUUAUCCCUGCUGCACGCGCUACGAGUGCGCAAAGUUGAAGCUUUAGCAUCUCAAAAAGGAGUUUUAAAUUUUCCAGUUUUACAUUAAUAUUGUCCAUUUGAUUUAUAUUUUUGAAGGCGAAAAUAGAAGAAAAAUAUCUGCA